AGCUUUCGUUAUAGCCUAAUAUUUCACAGAAAUCUUUAAAUUCAGGCAUCCGCAGCCGCCUGGCACAUUGUGGCACACGCGCCGUGAUGUCAGCGCCUGCAUUUUGAUAACACAUUUUGCAACUUGCUAGUUCUGCUAUGAGUUCAAUUAUGUAAUUAUACUGAUAAUCACAGUGACGGAAUUUAACUGCCUUUAAUUUGUUAUUCAGGUGGAGAUGGAGGGACUACGGAUGGAGCAGCCAGGCUGUGUUUCUGCUCUGCGCAGACACCAGAAGAGAAGCAGCCUACAAAUGAAGCCUAAUAAAAUGAAGAGCUGCUGCUGCUGCUGGAUACUUUCUUCUUCUUUCAAGUGCAUCCCGCGGAGGCUCCCUGACCCCGGAUGAUGCGGAUUUAUUUGCUUUUUUUCAUGACUUAAAAAAAAUUGAGCCUCAGACAGAGAAGCUUCUCAUUUCACAUCAUUGCAGACUUUGCUGUUUCAGUCCCUCUGCUGCCAGGUUCUUCGGACCUAGCCCCAGCGUCACCAAUCGGCUUCCCUCUUGGAGAGAGUGGACCAAUCAGCGACAGUCUUGAUGAAUAUUCAUGAGUCCGAGAUUCAAACCUUUGAGCGAGUUUGUCUUGGUCCACAGCAUCAUUCCUAGGACUUUUCACGGGCACAAACUACAUUUUCUUAUGAAUGGAAAGAGAAAAAAUCUGUUCGGCUUAAAUUGGGAUCCGUCCUUCACUGAGAUCAUAGAAGGAAAACAACAAAAGCGAGACAAGGGGAACCGCCAGAAGAGAUGACAAUGACUACGAUUCCAGAAAGUCUUAAUAGCCCUGCCUCAGGAAAAACCGUUUUCAUGGAGUUUGGACCCCCGAGUCAACAAAUGUCGCCUUCCUCCAUGUCUCACGGACACUAUCCCAUGCACUGUUUACAUUCUGCAGGUCACACACAGCACGACAGCUACAGUCCAGCCUCGUCGUUCCCCAGAUCCUUGGGUUAUCCAUACGUAAACUCCGUCGGCAGCCAUUCCACCAGUCCAUAUCUCAGCACAGUACAGACUUACCAAAACAGCUCGGGACUCACGCAGACACGAUUAGAAGAUGCAGCGCCAGAAACAGAGAAAAACACAGUGGUGGAAGGCGGAGAGGUGCGCUUCAACGGCAAAGGGAAAAAGAUUAGAAAACCAAGGACUAUAUAUUCGAGUUUACAACUUCAAGCCCUGAACAGGAGAUUUCAACAGACUCAGUAUUUGGCGCUACCGGAGAGAGCUGAGCUCGCAGCGUCGCUGGGUCUCACCCAGACACAGGUAAAAAUUUGGUUUCAGAAUAAAAGAUCCAAAUUCAAGAAGCUGAUGAAGCAAGGCGGUGGUACGAUCGACAGCAACGCUUUGGCCACCGGCCGUGGACUUUCCAGUGGUUCUCCCUCGGUGGCACCUGUCUGGAGCUCGCCGACCACCGUGAAGACUUCAAUGGGCACGACCGGAUCUUACAUUCCCAGCUACACCUCAUGGUAUCCAACCACACACCAAGAGUCUAUGCAACAGUCACAGCUCAUGUGAGCAGAGAGCUCAGCAUCAGGAUGGUGAAAGGCCCAGCAGCCGCUGAGCGCGGCUCAGCAUUGACAAUGCACAACAAACAACAAGAUUCCCGGAGUUUGCUGCCGCAUCCCGCCAGCUGACACAGAGGCCUCCUCAUACCGAAGACGGCGAGCAGAGAUACAGAAGAAGAGAAGAGGUCAGACAGAGUGAAAAGGCGCACAAUUCGCCAGAGGGCAACCAGUCCGUGACCGUCCCUGACAGCGGAAAUCGCAGACAAAAGGAUCAUUUGUUGUUUUUUUUUUGGCUGCUUUUGUUUGUUUUGGUUUUUUUCCCCCAAAUGUCGGUUUCUGUUUGUUUUCAAACUCAUAUUUGUGUGAACACUUCGGUUGUUGAGCUGUAGGCUACAUGUUUAUUAGAAAACACGUGUUUGUUUACGCCAGAUUGUCGGGGCCCAAGGUGAUGACGGCCUUAAAAGUCAAUUUGCAUUCAUCGACAGUUAAAAGGGCCACUUAGGCCACAGCAGAGUUUCUCUAACCAAAUAAUUAACGAUAAAUUCCAGCGGUAGCCAUCAAGCCGCUCCACUCACAGCGCAUUCAACCGCAGAGCACAGGCUGCUGUGCGCAGAGCCUCGAGAUGCUACUAUGUUGUUUCUACGUGUUUGUUAUUUAAGUUAAAUUAUUCGGGCUAGUUUUUUCUGUUUGAGGUCAGUCUGUGUUCAGUUUGUAAGCGUGUUUGAAAUGACAACACUGUGUUGUUAAUGCUGCACUAACGCAAGCAAAGCUUUUCUAUGCCGUGCCCCGAUGUUAUGUGAAAAAUGUAAAAGGCCUGACGAUUUGCUGCUUUAGAAAAAAAAUUGUCCUGAGGGUGAGCAGCUCAUUUGUCACUGUAUUUUGUACAUAAUUUUCUUUUUUUCUGUUCCUUUUUUUGUGCUGUAUACUGGAUACGCUGUGAAACAGGGUUUAGGCUUUGUGUAGCUUACUCGUCGAAAUGUGUUUAGUCAACAUAGGAAAUAUUUAGUUUUGUAUUGAUCACCUUAAUUUAUUUAUCUGUUUCUGAAGUUUAUGUACAUAAUGUGCAAAGUUUCAAAAGCAGUAAAAUAUGAUUUAAAUUA